AUGCCGACUAAACGACCCGUGCCUUUGAGCGAUGCGGCUCUUGGACAUAAAGGUGAUACUAGCAGCGAGCUCGCAAUAGGCGAGACAAAUGCUGGUGUGCCUUUACCAGUCAAGAACACGUUCAUUGAUAUGCCAUCUGGUUUGACACCAGUGAACUCUCCGAGCAAAGACGCCCACCCAUCGAGUACAGCGCCUGCCCAGGUUCAUCUGCGGGAGGGAUGGAUCGACAGGGCGAUCGACCGGGGCAUCCUGGAUGCCGUGCAAGAGACAAUAGACUCGCCGGCCAACGUGCCCACAGAUCCAGGUGUUCCUGGGCUGGCGUCGACAAGUUCCGCCCAGCGGCCCGGGGGCUUGGCGGCCAGUGCUCCGCUGAUGACACCGUCGCCGACUGGCCAAUCGAUGUUCGGAGAAUCAAGGUAUCAGCUGUUUGGAGGGCCCCCGCCGCCAAUCCAAGAAGCUCCAUUGGCAGCUCCUGGCCCCGAGCUGGGCCAGCGCCUGCACAGCGCCCCGGCUCCUGGUCUUGGCGAGCCUCUGCUGCUGUCGGUACCUCCGCCCAGUCAGGCACCUCCUCCGCAACAUCUUCCUUUGUACGCUGGAGGCUUUGGCGGAGCCCCGCCUUACUACGACUACAACUACCUUGGACCCCCAGGAGCACGAAUAUCCGAGCCUUUUGGAGUUCAAGAUUUUGCUCGUCGGACUUCGCUGGAAAAAGACAGUGAUGAUGACGACGAUUCAGAGGCUGAGCGACAACAG